ACAGACCGGGAGGAUAGAGACAGAGACACACAGACAGAGACAGGCCGCGCGCAGCCCCACCGCCCGUCUGUGAUGGCCGACCACAUGUUCGUGCGGCUGUAGGUGGGUGUGUUCCGUGUGUGUGUGUGUGUGUGUGAGAGAGGGAGAGAGUGUGAGUGUGUGUGUGAUGGGGAACGCGGAGAGCAUGGAGAGCCAGCUGGCUGUGAUCCGGUCCAGAGCCGCGCCGGUUCGACUCCCGAUGCCCGACCCGGCCGAGCUGGAGGAGAGGUUCUCCAUCGCACUGAAUUCCAUGAAUCUUCCACCUGACAAGGUGCGUCUGCUGCGUUCCUACGACAACGAGAAGAAGUGGGAGCUAAUCUGUGACCAGGAGAGAUUUCAGGUGAAGAACCCUCCCCAUACUUACAUCCAGAAACUGAGAGGAUUCCUCGACCCGGCAGUCACACGCAAGAAGUUCAGACGGAGAGUUCAGGAGUCGACUCAGAUGCUGCGAGAGCUCGAAAUUUCCCUCCGAACGAACCACAUCGGGUGGGUUCGAGAGUUCCUGAAUGAGGAGAAUCGUGGUCUGGACGUUCUCGUGGAGUACCUGUCCUUCGCUCAGUACGCCGUCACGUUCGACGGGGAGCAGUCGGACACUGGAGGCGAGGUUUCUUCCAUCGACUCUCCCUGGAGCCGCUCCAUCGAGGAUCUCCACGGCGACUGCAGCCUCCCGUCCCCGUCGGCGUCCGUCACCCGGGCGGCUCGACACUCCAUCAGCUCCGCCCUGGUGACUCGCUCCAACACGCUGCCAAGCCGGCGCACCCUGAAGAACUCGCGGCUCGUCUGCAAGAAGGACGACGUCCACGUCUGCAUCAUGUGUCUGAGAGCCAUCAUGAACUAUCAGUAUGGGUUCAAUAUGGUGAUGUCCCAUCCUCACGCCGUCAACGAAAUCGCUCUGAGCCUCAACAACAGGAAUCCCAGGACCAAAGCUCUGGUUCUGGAGCUGCUGGCGGCCGUCUGUCUGGUGAGAGGAGGACACGAGAUCAUCCUGUCUGCUUUCGACCACUUUAAGACGGUCUGCUCUGAGUCGAUGCGCUUUGAAAAGCUGAUGGAACAUUUUAAGAACGAGGACGACAACAUCGACUUCUUGGUGGCCUGCAUGCAGUUCAUCAACAUUGUGGUUCACUCGGUGGAGGACAUGAACUUCAGAGUCCACCUGCAGUACGACUUCACCAAGCUCAACCUGGACGAACACCUGGAGAGGCUGAAGCACACGGAGAGCGACCGGCUGCAGGUCCAGAUUCAGGCCUACCUGGACAACGUGUUUGACGUCGGGACGCUGCUGGAGGACGCCGAGACCAAAACCGCCGCUCUGGAGAGAGUGGAGGAGCUGGAGGAGAACCUGGCGACGAUGUCAGAGCGAGUCUUAGAUGUGGAGAACGAAGCGAUGCUGAAGAUCGUGGAACUGGAGAAACAGCUGAUGCAGACCAACAAGGAGCUGGACCAGCUGCGGGAUGUCUACGCCAACGCCAACUCCCAGGUGCACACCCUGCGGCGGAUGGUCCGCGAGAAGGACCAGACGAUUCGCCGUCAGAGCCGCCUGGAGCGCCAGGCCCAGGAGGUCCAGCAGGCCGGGGGCCCUGGAGCUCCUGGAGGACCGGGAGCCCCCCAGCCCCAGAGAGGGGAAGGGGAUGGCGGCGUGGCGGACUGCGCCUCGCCGUCUCCUCCACCGGGUGCCAACCUGUCGCCCAGCCCGGAGACUGUGGCCUAUCACAGCAUGGGACCGGGGAUGGGCGGGGCUCCAGGUGUACCAGCCCCGCCCCCGCCACCUCCACCCCCACCAAUGCCCGGCACAGUCUCUAACGGGCCGUACCCGGCCCCUCCGCCCCCAGCACCCCCUCCGCCCCCUCCUCCCCCGCCGCCGCCCUGUCGAACCAGCGAGCUGAGCUCCGCCCCCUUGCCUCCCCCUCCUCCGCCCGUGGCUCCACCCCUCCCGGGGUCCGGGGGCUCGCCGAUGGUGAUCUUCACCUCUGGACUGGCGGAGGGCCCUCUCAAGUUAUUCUCGGUGAAGAUCAAGAAGCCGAUCCAGACCAAGUUCAGGAUGCCGGUGUUGAACUGGGUCGCCCUGAAGCCAAGUCAGAUCAACGGGACCGUCUUCAACGACAUCGACGACGAGUCCAUCCUGCAGGACCUGGACGUGGAGGAGUUCGAGGAGCUCUUCAAGACGAAGGCUCAGGGUCCGGCCGUGGACCUCACUCUGUCCCGACAGAAGCUCCCCCAGAAGGCUCCGUCCAAGGUGUCCCUGCUGGAGGCGAACCGGGCCAAGAACCUGGCCAUCACCCUGCGGAAGGCCGGCCAGAGCUCCGAGGUCAUCUGCCGGGCCAUCCACACGUUCGACCUGAGGACGGUCCGCGUGGACUUCGUGGAGUGCCUGAUGCGCUUCCUGCCGACGGAGGCGGAGGUGAAGCUGCUGCGGCAGUACGAGAGGGACAGGAAACCUCUGGAGGCCCUGAGCGACGAGGACCGCUUCAUGAUGCAGUUCAGCCGCAUCGAGAGGCUCAGCCAGCGCAUGUCCAUCAUGACCUUCAUGGGCAACUUCACCGACAACGUCCAGAUGCUGACCCCGCAACUUCACGCCAUCAUUGCAGCUUCGGUGUCGAUAAAAUCCUCUCAGAAGCUGAAGAAGAUCCUGGAGAUCAUCCUGGCUCUGGGAAACUACAUGAACAGCAGCAAGAGGGGCGCCGUGUACGGUUUCAAGCUGCAGAGCUUAGACCUGCUGUUGGAGACCAAGUCGACAGACAGGAAACAGACUUUGCUUCAUUACAUCAGCAACGUGGUGCGAGAGAAAUACUCCAUGGUGUCGCUCUUUUACAACGAGCUGCACUACGUGGAUAAAGCUGCAGCGGUGAGCCUGGAGAACGUGCUGUGCGACGUGAAGGAGCUGCAGCGCGGCAUGGAGCUGACCUGGAGGGAGUUCAGCGUGUCGCACAACGCCACGCUCAAGGACUUCAUCAGCAGGAACGAGUCGCGGCUCGGAAAGCUGCAGGAGGACGCGCGCAUCGCACAGGACGCCUUUGAGGACGUGGUGAAGUUUUUUGGAGAGAGCUCCAAGACGAUGCCGCCGUCCGUCUUCUUCCCCAUCUUCGUCCGGUUCAUCAAAGCCUACAGGCUGGCUGAGGAGGAGAACGAGCAGCGGAGGCGUCAGGAGCAAAUGCUGCUGGAGAAGCUGGAGCAGGAGGAGCAGCAGGAGGAGGAGGAGACCAAGUCCCCGUCUCACCGGGGGAAACGGCAGCAGCAGGAGCUGAUCACGGAGCUGCGGCGGCGACAGGGAAAAGACAGCCGCCACGUUUACGAAGGGAAGGACGGCGCCAUCGAGGACAUCAUCACAGCUCUGAAGACCGUCCCCUUCACGGCCCGAUCGGCCAAACGCAGCUCGCGCUUCUUCUGUGACCCCGCCCACACCGAGGAGCACUACUGAGCGCCGUGCGACAGCGACUGCCGCUCCGCUUCAACGGGACCAAUCAGCACUUUGAACAUUUCUGAUUGAACAGAUUACUUUCUUUGUUUUGGUUUUUUGUUUUUUUUAAAUCAUGGGUUUGUGUCCAGAGAACAGUUCCUCAGAGCACUUUAAAGACACUUCGGAGUACGUAUGAAGCUGGACGUCCGCUGAAGAAGACCACUGGUCACAGUGCAAACGCAAAAUCCAUCAUGGUGCUUAAAAAAAAAAAAAAAAAAA